AUGUCAAUUCAGGAUGUGAAAAUAGCUUCGAAAAAGGGCAAUGCGAUUGUUAUGGGAUGCAUUGCUUUCAGUACUGGUAUCGCAUCUUUUCUCGCUGGUGUCAUCACGAUUGCCAUUCCAAUCAUGGCAAAGGAGCUGAAUAUCCCCGAGAAUCUGGUUCUUUGGCCUGUGACCGUAUACUCUUUGGCUUGUGGAUGCACGCUUCUUGCCUGCGGGUCAGUCUCGGACGUCAUUGGCAGCAGACGGAUGUUCUUGUCAGGCUGUUUCCUUCAAUGCUUCAUGACAAUGGCUUGCGGUCUUUCCAAGAAUACUGCCCAGAUCAUCGCUUUUCGCUCUUUUUCUGGUAUUGCGGCGUCGUUUUGCUUGCCUUCGGCCGUCAGCCUGAUCAAUGAAGUCUUUCCUCCCGGCAAAGAGAGGAACAUCACUUUUGCCAUGAUGGGUGGAGCUCAGCCGUUUGGCUUCGGCAUUGGUAUGGUACUGGGUGGUGUAUUUACUGGAACUAUUGGUUGGCAAUGGGGCUUCCAUCUUGCUGCCAUCAUCAACUUCUUUAUGUUCAUCCUCGCUGCAUGGCAAUUGCCUCCCACACCUGUAGCACACAAGCGUCAGAUCUGGUCUCGACUUGCGACUGAUAUCGAUUGGCUUGGUCUCAUUCUUGCGAGCGGCUUCCUUGCCAUGCUUUCCUACGUCAUCUCAGCUCUGACUGGAGAUCUGACUGUCAUGAAGCAGCCUGUCAACAUUACUUUGCUUGUCCUCUCGUUCGUCUUCCUGGCAGCUUUCGUACUUUGGGUGGGCCGUCAGGAACGCCUUGGACGACCAGCUCUCAUUCCAAACUCUCUCUGGCAACAUAAAGGCUUCUCCUGCAUCUGCUUCAACGUAUUCUGCGUCUGGGCAGCCUUUAACGCGUUUGAGCAAUAUGCCAACUUCUUCUUCCAAGAUGUUCAAGGAAACAGUCCACUUGGUACAGCUCUUCGCUUCCUGCCAGCUCCCGUCUCCGGUGCUCUUGCCAACAUCGGCGUCGGCCUGCUUGUUCAUCGCAUCAGAGGAGACUGGAUCGUUGUGCUCACGAGCAUUGUCUCGGCUCUUGCCUCGCUGCUAAUGGCCAUCAUUGAUCCAUCAUGGUCAUACUGGCGUUGUGCUUUUGUGGCUCAAUUCUUUAACCCUGUCGGUGCGGAUGGCAUGUUCACUGUUGCCAACUUGCUGAUCACCUCUAUGUUUCCUCCCGGUGAGCAGGGCGUGGCGGGUGGUGUGUUCAAUACCGUAUCUCAAACCGGCAAGAGUGUCGGCAUGGCAUUGACGCUACUCAUCGCGCAGCAAGUGACUGCAAACUCAUCUCACGCCGACAAAACAUCCCCCGAAGCAUUGAUGGUCGGAUAUCGGGCAGCUUUCUGGUUCUGUGUCGCCUUGAUCGUAGCAAGUCUGCUUGUCAGUGUAUGGGGCCUCAGAAGGAUUGGCAAAGUCGGUCUGAAGAAGGAUUGA